ACAAAUCCAUCCAUUUGAGCGGUAAAGUGCAGCAGCAAUCUUCCAAAACAUUUUAUUAAUCUGCGCGCGUGAUUUUAGGGGAAAUUAGUAAUUUCUAAUGCAAAACAUUGGUGCAUUACGAUGGAGAACAAAGUGGCAUUAUGAAUAGUUCAUAAUCUUCAGUAGCAAGCUAAAGUUACUACAAGGACAAACUGUAGUUCCGAGAAGGAUAAGGAGCAGAAGAAACAAAUACAAUAUUUGGAGUUUCGAAUACGUUCGGAGCGGAAAAUGAGUGGCCCUGCAAGUCUUCCGAUGGCGAAUGUUUUCAAUCGUCAGUACGGCAAUAAAGAUCCUACGAACCAACAACCAGUCGUCGGCCCUCCACUGAAAGCGACUUACCUUUCGCACUGUCGACUAUGUUUGAGCGAUCAGUUUGGUGAAACCUGCAUCAGCGUCAAGGAUGAACAGUUCAAGAACAUGUUGAAUCACGUAUUUCGCUUUCCGAUUACGUUCCAAAAAGGGUUGCCGUUGAAUGUCUGCACCAAAUGUUAUAAAGGCGUGGAUCUGUUCUACAGGUACACUUUCCAAGUGUUGGCUAACCAGAAAACACUGGAAGACGCAUUGAUUCCAGACAAUAAACUGAAGCAGACUAACACUAAAAGAACGAUUCACGAGCGUGGUCCACGUACCGAUAGCAAUCAAGGAAGAAAGGUGACGAAUGUGAUAAGAAUUGGUAGUGAUGGAUUUCAAAAAGAAAUGAAAGAUUACCUGAUCGAUGUAGAUAUGCAAUGUGAAAAUGCAUUAGACGAUUCAGAAGACAGUCGGGAGUCAUGUUUGCCACCAUCCAAUUAUGAAGAUAUACAAACACAUUUCGUUGCGGUUCCAGGUGUUUUCCUCGGCAUGGAAAUUGAUGAUACUGAGUGUAUGAAAAAAACCAAUACGAAACCAGUUGAAGACGCACCGUUUGUCAUCGAAAUUAUAUCCGCAAGUGAUGACGAAUUUGAAGUAAAUGCAAAAGAUGAGAGCGUUACCAAUCACACGACGUCUGGAAAACGAAAUCGGAGUCCAGUUUCAAAAGUACAGUUUAAUGAAAGAACAUCGUCUCAGGCUAAACCAGUUGCUGUUAGUGUGAAAAAUGUUAGCAAAUUGGAAAAACCAAAAACUAAUCUAGUUGGUGGCAUAACUGUCGCCGAUUUUGCAAAAAUAACUAAUAGAGCUGAGGAUGGUGGAAUAUCUUCGAAAAAUAUUGAUAAGACUAAAACGAGUACACUGACGGCCAGACGCAAUGUACGUAAUACUUUUAACCAACAGAAUGCAACUAAAGAAACAAAAUGCUUUCCAUGACUAUCUUUCAACUAAAGCUAAACAGAUUAAAUUGAAGAUAUUUAAACGGCCAUGAAAACCAUGUAGAUCAAGCCUUAACAUAUUCAAUAAGAGAAAGAUACAAAAUAUUGCAAAAUCUGGCUUCAUAUACAAAUUCUAAUUCCUGAUAUUGUGGUACAAAAUGUCUGCAGCUUCGAAAAUGACAUGCUCGCACCUGUAUGUAUUUCUUUUCUACGAACUUUCACCAAAAAAUGAAAAAUAAAAUAAACUGAGAACUGUCGUAACUACUGCGCUAAAAACUGAAUAACAAGAAAGCAGUUAAUUCGUCGUUGAAUUCAUUCUAGAGGAAAAAGUUUGACAUACCUGAUCAACCCUAAUCAAUUCAAACAUCACCGCCAGCUGACGCUCGCGAAGAACUGUCAGAUUGUGUGAUCAAAACAGCCUCAACCAUUUGAGCGGCAAAGUAAACAAACGCAUCUAUCUUCAAAUGAUUUUUACUAAAUCGUGCUUGAUUUUAGGUGAAAUCAGCAAUUUUCCAUACAAUACGCUGGUGCAUUACGAUGUUGAAACAAAUGGCAUUGUGAACAGUUUAUAACCUUCGGCAAUAAGGUGCACUUUAUAUGGACGAAUUAUCGUGUCGGAAAGGCCAAGGCGAACAAGAAAUCAGCGUAUUAUUUUAAGCUUAAAUAGUUCUGGUGUAAAAUAGUUGUGCAAUGAGUGGUCCUAGCAGUAUGCAGUAUACCAAAGCAAACGAUAUGUCCACAGCUCCGGUCAUAUUGCUAAAUGGUCUUCCCGUGAAGACGACUUAUAUGGCCAAUUGUCGACUAUGUUUGGGAACCAACUUUGGCGAUAAAAGCACCACCAUCGUCGAUGAACGGUUUGGCGUCAUGUUGUCGAAUAUAUUUCCCUUUCCGAUACCGAACCAAAUAGGGCUACCGAUGAAUGUUUGCAGCAAGUGUAGAAAAGGUGUGGCGAUAUUUUACAGAUACAGCAAUCAAGUGCAAAUGAAUCAGAAGGAACUGGAAGCAACAUUGCUCACGACCGAAAAACAUUUGAAAAAUAGUAACAAUGUAAUUGAGAUCGAGAAUGAUGAUAGCAUAAUCGAUGUAGAUAUGCUGUGUGAACCUGUAACAGAAGAUGGAGAAUACAGCCAUGAUCCACUUUUGCAACCAUCAAGCAGUGACGCUACACAAACGCAUUUCGUAUCGGUCUCGACUGAAGACGAUCAUUUCUUCGAUAUCGAAACGGAUGCUCUUGAAUGUUUCAACAAAUUUGAUACGGAUCGAGUUGAAGAGGCACCGCUUGUGAUAGAAACUUUAUUCACCUGCGAUGAAGAAUAUUUAGAGAGCGCUGAAGACGAUGAUCGCCUAAGCGAUCAUAAUUAUUCUCAAACAACUUCUGCAAAACGAAAUCAGUAUCCGCUUCGCCAAUCGCAGUACUGUGAAAAAACAACAUCCCAAGCUGAUCCAGUUGCUGCAACCGCAAAAGAUGCUACCAAUUUGGAGACACCAACAGAUAAUCUAGCUGAAAGCAUAUCAUUGUCGGAUUACGCAUCAAAUGGGAAUGAAACAGAUUCCAAUGAAGAUUCAUAUAAUGAAACAUUUGCGUCGAAGAUUUGCGAAGGUACACGGUUGCCUAGACGCGGCGUUCGUAACACAAUACAACAACGAAAUGCAACCAAACCAGCAGACUGCUUUUCACGGGUGCAAAAUUCUUCGCCCUUUCAACUAGUGCCAGUUAGCAGUCAGAUCGAACUGGAGGAAUUCAAUCGGAAGCUAGAAGACCCUUACUAUAUGAAUCAAGUUACAGAAUAUAUCAUGAGAGAGACCGGACAGGAAAGGUCACUGCACCUGAUGCACAGCGCAAUAGAUUUACUAUUUACAAUGGAAUUUUUUGCAACCUGCAACUGGAGUGGUGUCGGCAUUCCUCAUUCUAAAAUCCCGUUCAAAAAACAUUACCACAUCUUGGAACUGUUUAGUCAGUUGGGGGCAGAGGACGGCCGUAAGCUACCAGCACAUAUGAUAAGCAAAUACUUCAAAUGUAAAUUUUGUCACGCGAAAGGGCGAUUAAGGGGAUACAAACACAUUCGACAGUCGGCUCCACGACGAAGAAGUAACAUGAAAAUCUUAAAAGUUAAAUUAGUUUCUGAUUAACAAUGUUUCAUACGGUGAAUUUUGCUUUACAGUGCAAAUACUGUAUUUGCAAUUCAGUACACAUGUGAAGAAUCCUAAAUCCUGAAGAAUAAACCUAAAA